CUCAGCCGCUGUGGCUGUGAGGCAGAGUGUGGCUGUAGUCGUGCGGGCGGCGAUGUGACGGGAAAGUUGUCGCUUGUUUUGUGGGUGACUCGCUCGGGCGCCCGGCGCGGACUUCUCAUUACCGGGGAUUUAUUAAUCGCCUCCUUUUAAUUCGACUUCACGCCUGGUGACUACUGCCUUCGCCCAUUUUUAUUUUAUUAGAAUUUUUUUUCCCCCCUACCUCGGAGGGGCUCCCCUCUAAAUGCCAGCAGCCAUGCUAGAAAAGGGGACAGAGGGGUCGGCCAAGAGGAGGGGCAGGAAUAACGCUGCCAGCAGCAAAAGUUUGACGGCUCCCAAUGGCAAUGGCAGCAACUCGUGGGAAGAAGGCAGCAGCUCGACCUCGUCCAGCGAUGAUGAGCACGGUGGCGGGGGCAUGAGAGUGGGCAGCCAGUACCAGGCUGUGGUGCCAGAGUAUGACCAGGAAGUAGCAAAAACCUGUCAGGAGCGAGAGAAUCUGGGCAUGCUGGUGUGGUCACCUAACCAGAAUUUAUCGGAGGCUAAAUUGGAUGAAUAUAUUUCUGUGGCAAAAGAGAAACACGGCUAUAACAUGGAGCAGGCUCUUGGAAUGCUUUUCUGGCACAAACACAACAUUGAGAAGUCAUUGGCUGAUUUACCUAACUUUACCCCGUUUCCUGACGAAUGGACGGUGGAGGAUAAAGUUCUGUUCGAACAAGCGUUCAGCUUUCAUGGAAAAACCUUUCACCGGAUCCAGCAAAUGCUUCCCGAUAAAUCCAUCGGCAGCCUAGUGAAAUUUUAUUACUCCUGGAAGAAGACCAGGUCCAAGACCAGCGUGAUGGAUCGCCAUGCGCGCAAGCAAAAACGUGAACGGGAAGGAAGUGGAGACGAGGUGGAAGAGAACAAUGGCAACAACGCGAUUGAUAUGGUGGUCGAUCCGCAAAAAGAACCUAAAAAAGAGGAGCCAAAAAACGAUACCAUCCCUCAUGUGAAGAAAGAUAAACAUCCAUCACAAGCCAAGAACAGAGCUAAGAGGAACCCUCCCAAGGGAAUGUUCCUUUUCCAAGAAGAUGUUCAAGCAGUUUCUGCAAACGCCAAUGCUGCGACGACACUGCUGAGACAGCUGGAUAUGGAGCUAGUGUCCAUAAAGAGACAGAUCCAAAAUAUUAAACAGACAAACAGCGCUCUCAAGGAGAAGCUACAGGGAGGAGUGGAAGAGUUCAGGAUUCCUGAGGUUGCUCAAAAGUUUAAUGCUCGCUGGACAACAGAGGAGCAACUUCUCGCCGUACAAGCCAUCCGAAAAUACGGACGCGAUUUCCAAGCAAUCUCUGACGUCAUUGGAAACAAAUCUGUGGUUCAAGUUAAAAAUUUCUUUGUGAAUUACCGCCGUCGCUUCAACAUUGACCAAGUUUUACAAGAAUGGGAAGCUGAGCACGGUAAAAUCGAGGAGAAUGGAGACUGCAUGGAGAAGCCAAUAAAGUUACCAGAUAUUGCUAUUAAGAUGUCAGAUGAGGAGGAAGAGGCUGCUCUUCUAGACGUCAGAUUCACCCCUGCCUCAUGAGACAAAGAACUGUUAGUGUUGACUACUUAAUUUGCCCAGAAUUUCAGGUAUUACAAGAACUCAGCCAACCACCCGCGUCAUGCUUUGUGGACAAGCAGCUACUUACCAAAAAGGCAAAUGACUUCCAGCCCUUUGAGAGAUCUGCCUUAAUCAUCUCUAGUUACCCUCACACACACAUCCACACUCUGCUUCCAAUCUUAGUAGCGAGGACAGAGACUAAACUUGGAACAGUGUGACCUCCUUCUUCAGUCUGUAAAUAACUCGCCGCCCGUUCCCCUCACCCCCCCUGAGUCUGAGACACGUUCCCGGCUGCCUGAUGACCACAGUUCCGGCUGUACAGAUGCUGCAUGCACAAACUUGUUUUCUUUGCUUUUUUGGAUGUUAAAUUAGUUUAGCAUUAAUGAAGACCACCACCACCACCCCCCUUGUACACAGGACUUGCCCCCUCCUUAUUUUGCUUUAUGGACAAAAACUCUGCAACCGAUUGUCUGGUUCUGCGAAGGAGGGGGGGGGGGGGGGGGGGGGAGUUGAUAUCUGUGGACACCUUGCAAAUCUUGUUUAGUGAAUUUUUACGCCAUGCUGGUUUUCUGGGUGAUGUCUCCUAGCCAGUUAUCCUUUUGACCGUAGCUCGGGAGGGAGAAAGAUCUGUUAGUUUCCCUAAAUAUUAGGGAAUUUUUAGUUGUUUUUUUUUUUUUUUUUUUUUCAUUAUAUAGAUUUUUAUUUCUUUAAGAUAUAUAUAUUUUUUAAUUUAAAUAGCUGCUUAUCGUCCUCGUGUACAAUUCACUUCUUCACAAGCAAAAUAUCACAACUUUGCAUUUACAUCCUCAGAUCAUGUAUAAUAACUGUAAGGCCUCUUUCACACCUCGGUGGAUCAGACGUGUGCGGUCUGUGGGUUCCUUGGACAGCACACGGACACACCCAUCACAUCAGUGGUUUCCCACAGACCGCGCCCACGGUAGCAUGCCCUAUUUUGUCCAUGCUUACGGAUCCUGCAUGCAUGUUAUAGUCUAUUGGUCCGUGAAAACCACAGAUACAACACGGAUGCCAUCCAUGUUUGGUCCGUGAUUUUCACAGAUUGGUGCUAGGCGAUGCUCUGGAAAUUAAUUUUCAGCUUACCCGUGUCCGUGAAUGCAAUUUGACAUGCAGAUAGCAAAAAACUGGUACACGGAUCAAACACUGACUCUUCCAGGAUGUGUGAAUGAGGCCUAAGAGUGUUUUGAACUUCGACAUCCUAUUCUCCAGUCGCACCAAGAGCUACUUUAAAACCUGUGCUGUUGGAGUUUGGAGUCAGACUGCGCUUCAUUGAUGAAACCCAAUGAGGCUUAACGACUCUGUUCUUUACAGUCUCCCAUCUACACCGCAGUUUCAGGAAACCAAUGGGAACUUUGAAUGCAGCUUUGGCUGUGAGUGGAGCAUAAAAGGCAAUGUAACUGAAAAGCUGAAGAUGGGUCAUUUUGCUUUACUGUACAUUUUGUGUAGAUCUAAAAUGAAAAGAGGAUUUCCUUCUGAGCAUUGACAUGCAAUGUCCAGGUGAUCCCGCUUGCAAUCCAUAGUUGUUGCACAUGUAAAGUUUAUAUCAUGUCUAUAAUUUUAUUCUUUAUACACAUCUGUAACUUUACAAAACUCUGGAAACCAAUUUACUCCCCUUCGUAUCUCCAUGAUAGUUAAUACAAAUUUUUAUUUUAUUUUUUGCUUCAUAAUUUAUUUCUUCAACAGAUUGUCUUUAUUUAAUCAGUUUUUCAGUUUUGCUUUUUUUUUUUAUUUGCAUGCUUGUCUUACGUGCCUCUACAUUUAACUACUGGCUAAUAUACUGUAUUCGUAGGUAUAUUAAGAUGUCGUUUUUUUUUUUUUUCCCCUCUUGUAUUGUGUAGCUAUUCUUUCCGGUUCAGAAAAUUAAUAUAUUCAAAAAUUAUUUCUAUUGUAUGCAAUAAUUCUGGAAGCAAACGUUAUAUUUAUUUGACAUUGAUUAUUACCUGUAAACUCUAUACAGAGUUGUACCUGGAAUCUGUCGCUGCGUUGUACUGUUAAAGCAGAUUUGUUAGAUCGCUGUCUGAGGGCAGUGUAGAGUAAGCAAGGAGCCGCUGGUCUUGGGGUUAGUUUUCUAUGAUAUAAUACAGUAUUUUCAUUUAAAAAGCUGUUUAUAUGCUGCCAGAGGCUGUGAGGCCUGGUUCCCCCACAUUGUCCACUGUAUACAAAUGGAGACAAAUAAAGCUGUCCGUCAUUGUAUGGGCGACAGGAAUCGGGACAGUCUUAGUGAUCAGGGGAAGCAGGACUCUCAGGCUUUGGCCUCCUGCACACGGCCGUUGGUUUUGGUCCGCAUCCGAGCCACAGUAUUUGCGGCUCGGAUGCGGACCCAUUCA